CACUUGACCUAGUUCACAAAACCGGAAAUUAAACAGCUUACCAGAAACUGUUUUUCUACUCCAUUCUCUCGUUUUUAGCCGGUGUCAGAGCUAGAGGAAAUAAUUUAAGACAGGAAAAACAGUAGCCAUGUCAGGUUUGAUUAAACAGAAGCAGUAUGACUGGAAAGAUUCAAACUUAGCAUUGUUUGGAUCAGACCUUGAAAAGAACGUCAAAAAGGAUUCUGCUGCUACUGAGAAAGCUUGGAAGAAUGCUGGCAGCAAGCUUGGAAUACAGAUCUGGAGAAUUGUGAAAUUCAAAGUUGAAGACUGGCCAAGAGAAGACUAUGGCAAGUUCUACAAUGGGGACUCAUAUAUCAUAUUAAAUACAUACAAAGAAGAAGACGGAGAAGAGCUUUGUUUUGAUGUGCACUUUUGGAUCGGUCAAUACAGUACUCAGGAUGAGUAUGGAACAGCAGCUUAUAAGACAGUGGAAUUGGACACAUUUCUGAAUGAUGCACCAAUCCAGCAUCGUGAAGUCCAGGGACAUGAAUCAGAACUCUUCAAAUCUUAUUUUGAUAAUAUCACAAUUCUAAAAGGAGGAGCAGAUACUGGAUUUAGACAUGUUAAACCUGAAGAGUAUACACCUAGACUGUUCCAUUUCUGUGGUACAAGGAAACAUGUUGAAAUUAGAGAGGUACCAAGAAACAAAGACCGACUUGAUUCUGGUGAUGUUUAUAUUUUAGAUUUAGGUCUACAAAUAUAUCAGUGGAAUGGUUCAGGUUCUAACAAAGAUGAGAGAAUGAAGGCUAUGCAGUAUUGUAUUAAAUUGAAAGACGAAAGAAGUGGUAAAGCUUCAAGUGAAGUUUUAGAUGAGGGUAGUACUGAUAAAGAUCAUGAAUUUUACAAAGCUUUGAAUGAAGAUGAUGUUCCUGAUGAAGCCAAGAAAUAUAAAGCAGUUGAUUCACAGAAGGAGCUGUUCAGGUUAUCUGAUGCUAGUGGAAACAUGAAAUUUUCUCUGUCAAAGAAGGGUCAAGUGUCCAAGACUGACCUGGAUAGCAAGGAUGUAUUUAUCUUGGAUUCAAAGACAGCAUUACAUGUAUGGAUUGGUAAAGAUACCUCUGUCAAUGAACGUAGAAAUGCUAUGUCCUACGCACAUAAAUACCUCCAGAGUACUGAUCAUCCAUUUGUGUCUGUCAGUUGUUUAGCUGAGGGAAUGAAAUCAAAAGCAUUUGAGUUAGCCUUAGCAGCAUAGACUUAAUGUGACAGUUCCUUCAUCUCAUUCUGCAGCAAUAAGAUCAAAUUUAACAACAGAAGAAACGCUCAUUAAAUUAAUACAAUACAUGGUGUACAGGGUGGAAGUACUUGUCUUCAUGGAUAUUUAGUUUUGUUGCCUAUGGACAAUAUAUAUUUUCCCUUGGUUUUAGUGUUUGGUUUCAAAUAUUAUCUGACAAUUGUCAAGUCAGGAGAUAUAAAUUUCUUAAAAAUUAAAUAGUCCUCCUUGUGAAAUUAUCAAUUUCGAAAUAACAUUUGGAAAGCAAGGAUUGUAUUUAUAUAGAGAAAUUAAUUCAAUCCUUUCUCAUGAUUGAAAUUCUAAAAUCUUUUGAUUCGAUAUAAUUAUAAAAAUAAGUAAGUAAAUGCAUUCAACAGUAUUUAAGUGUAUGCAUUCAUCUGUAAGCUUGUUUAUUAUAAAUAUCUUUACUUCAGUAUAAAAAUUUGUUGUUUUUAACAACCAUUAAAUCCAUGAAAACUUAUUCCAAUUUGAAAAAAUAAGAAAAUGCAAAAGUAGUCAGCUUUGCAUUUUGUGAUAGGAGUAACUACUUUUUAAGAAUUAUAUUAAGGCCUUAAGAAGAAACAAAAAGAGUGUAGACAUUUUAUGAAUUGUGUUUCAUUAGGAUAAAAAGCUUUUAAUUUGAAUGAUCAAAAUGUCUUUAUAUUAACAUUUUUUAACCAAGCAGACAUCAGAUUUUGCAUAAUAAAUGUUGAAAAGAAACUGUUAUUGUACAAUUAAGUCUCUAACAUGAGCUUGGUAAAGCUACUUAAAAGAGAAAUUGGCAAUAUUUUUUGUUUACUGCUGUAAAUAUACAUAUUAAUGAUGACUGAGUUAAGUGAUACUGUGUUUCUUUUGUUGUUAAAAAAGUGCUUCAUUAUAAACAUUAUAAAAAUUAUAAUUCUUACUUAUUUAUUAGCAUUUUUCCUUAUACCGUUUUUUUGUUUUACUACAUAAAUACUUUUUGUAACUGAAUAUUUUGUAUGUUUUGUAGUCAAAGAUUUGUGUUAUAGAAAAAAAAAUUUUAUUUGAUAGAUUUUGGAAAUGAUAUUUUAUGAAGUGUAACUAACUGAAUAACUAUACAAAGUUUUAAGUCACGACGGUUGAUGAAAAAUAUUUGUAAUCUAUGCAUUUUUUUUUAUAAAAGUUAUAUAAGAUGCAGCAGUUAUUUUUUUCUUAAAUAAAACACAUAAAAACUGUGAUUUAGAUAUCUUGAAAUUUAAAAUUGGGUUUUCAAAAUUUUUGUUUAAUGUUGAAAUCAUUUUUUUGUUGUUUCUUUUAGAGAGCUCCUUAAAAAUUGGAAAAGUUGUAUAUUAGAACUUUCAUAAAACUUUGUGUUGUAAAGUGAAGAAGUUUACCUUUGUUUUACUGAACUAGUCAAUGUAAUAAGCAUUUCAGUUAUAUUUGAUAAUCAAAUUUAAAUAUCUAGUAUUUGAUCCUUUACACCUUUUUGUAGAUACUUUAUGACCAAUUUUCUAUAACUUUAAUUGAUAUGUAAUUAUAUUAGCCUUGGUAUACAUAAUUAUUUAUUUUCAUCAAAUAAAUACUAAUGUGAAA